AUGGAGCCGCAGGUACAGAGACUGGUCGACAAGGUCUGGAAGAAAUUCCAGGAAACACCUCAAGACCGCCGUUUGUGCAUUCAAUCAAUUGCUAACCUUUCACCAACCAGCAAAACAACCCUCGCCCAGACCCUCACAAACAGCCUCAACUCCCUCUCCCGCCAAACAUCCCCCUCCUCACCACCCCCCGCGUCCUUCAUCCCCAUGGACGGCUUCCACCUCACCCGCGCCGCCCUCUCCGCCAUGCCCGACCCGGCCACUGCCCACGCCCGCCGCGGCGCCCCUUUUACCUUUGACGCCCCGAAAUUCCUCUCCCUCGUGCAGUCCCUCCGCGAACCAAUCUCCGACUCUUCUUCUUCUUCUCACCCAGGCACGAUAUACGCGCCGUCGUUUGAUCACGCUGUCAAGGACCCCAAGGAGAACGACAUUGCGGUCCUGCCGACGCAUAGGAUCGUUGUCCUGGAGGGGAAUUACCUCGCGCUGGAUAGGGACGUGUGGAGGGAUGCCGCGGCCUUGUUGGAUGAGCUGUGGUUUGUCGAGGUGGACUUUGAGGUGGCGCGGAAGAGGUUGAGGGAGAGGCAUGUCCGCGCGGGCAUUGUGAAUAGCCUGGAGGAGGGCGAUAGGAGGGCUAUGGAGAAUGAUCUCGUGAAUGGGAGGGAGAUUGUCGAUUUCAGGUUGCCGGUGCACGAGGUGAUUCAGAGCAGAGAGGAUGGAAGCUGGGUGCACGAAUAG